GCUAAAUAACAUCAUUUCAAUAUUUCUCAUAUUUAUUUUUAAUAUUUUUUUUGAUAAAAUUUAAAAAAAUAAAAAGCUAUAUAAAUAAAAAUUAGUAUAAAAAAAUGUAAAAAAAAUAGUAUAAAAAGAAUUUAGAAAAAGUCGAAUUAAAUAAAAUUUUGUAACAAAUUACGGUGCACCAGGAAAUUCAUUCUCUAUUUAUUGCGUCUUUACUAUCAUACAGUGAAUAGUAAAAAAAGAAACCAAUAUAAUAUUUUAAUGAAAAAAAGAAAAAAAAGAAAGAGAUAUUCAAUAACAUAAAAACUGCUUUCACUUUCACUUCCACUCUCCUCUUCCUUCUCUUUCUCUCUCUCUCAACAAAAAAAGAAAAGGGAGAAGCUUUCAUUAAACACACACACAGAAACACACAGAGACAGAGGGAGAGAUUAGAGUAGGAGAGUGGAAGUAACUUCUCAUUGUCUCUCUGUCUCUUUAAACUCUCAGCAUUCUUCUUUCUCUAUAAUCUGUUUCCUUUAUUUCCUUCAGAAAAGAAAAAAGAAAGAAAAGUUUAUUUCUCUGUUAGCACUAAUCCAGGCACUUCUUCUACUUCUCCUUCUAGUUUAGUUUUUUCUUUUCUUCUUUUUUCUAAUAAAUAUUUUACUGGAAUGCUUUUUGCCGGUCAAAAAAUGUGGAGAGAUUUUGCUGUCUGAGUUCUUGGUUGUUUUGCAGGAAAAUGGAGUUUACAACUCAAAAGUUCUAAGGUAUGCAAAAAGGCAAAAAAGAAGGUGAAAUUAUCAAGAUCUUGUUUCUGUUUGAACUGGGGUAAAGUAGGAACCUGGUUUACAAUGAAUGAGAAUAGACAAAUGGAGGUGCAUUACAUAAAUACUGGCUUUCCCUAUACUGUAACUGAGAGCUUCUUGGACUUCUUCGAGGGAUUAUCGCAUGUACCUGUACAUUAUGCUCACACUGGACAAGUGCUUGAUCAGGUUCAGGAGAAUGCAUAUUGGUCGAUGAACAUGAAUGCAUAUAAAUAUGGAUUUUCUGGUCCAGGGAGUACUUAUUAUGAUCCUUAUGAGGUAAAUGAUAAUUUACCAAGAAUGGAUGUUAGUAGGUCAACUUGGGAAUACCCUUCAGUGGUGAACAUGGAAGAGGCAACAACCACUGAUACCCAAUCUGAAGGAGAUGCAGUUGUUGGUGUGCAUGCUUCACCAGAAGAAUGCAUCCCAAAUCAUACAAGCGGCGAUAGUCCUCAGGGUGUUUGGCAAGACGACGUUGAUCCAGAUAACAUGACCUAUGAGGAAUUACUGGACUUAGGUGAGACAGUUGGAACACAAAGCAGAGGCCUCUCACAGGAACUUAUUAGCUUGCUUCCAACAUCAAAAUGCAAAUUUAGGAGCUUCUUCUUAAGAAAAAAAGCUGGGGAGAGAUGUGUGAUUUGCCAGAUGAGGUAUAAAAGAGGGGACAAGCAAAUGAAACUACCGUGUAAGCAUGUUUACCAUUCUGAAUGCAUCUCCAAAUGGCUUGGGAUUAACAAGGUAUGCCCAGUUUGCAACAAUGAGGUAUUCGGUGAGGAUUCGAGGCAUUAAAUUAAAAGAUCAAAACAGAAGAAAAUCCAUACUCUUUGUUUCUUUCUCCUCCCCCCUUUUGCUUUCUAUAGUUUUUCUUUUACUCUUCUUUCCUGGUGGUUAGUUUCUUUUUCUUUCGGUCUUGUUACACAUAGGGUAAGUGAUGGACUAAGAUGAUUUUCUCAUUCUCCAUAGAAGUUUUGUUCAGUGGAAAAACAGAUAAAAUCUGAGGCUUCUACAUAGCAAGAGAAUAUGAAUUUCAGGCGGCAACUGUCUUUAAAUCUUGAUAUUAUUAUGUGUUCAUCUGUCUUUUGCCACUUUUAA